AUGGACCACUUUGUAAACAGCGUCGAAUCAAAGAGGUAUAUCUGCAGUCGGUUAGAUAUGCUGCUCUCGGAAAUAGCCUUACGGUUUCUUUUCUUUUAUGCCAACGCCACUGGGGCCGGGGACUUCAUGCCAGGCAACACGCUCAAGGAAGGGUUCUAUCGGACUCUUACCCUCUGUCCUUGGUUUGCUGGUGAUAUUAAACAGACAUCUGGCGGCGGAAUGGAGGUCAUCGUUGACAAGGACAAUCUGAACAUGCCUGAUUACCGUGAAUCGGCGUCAUCGGUGCAUUUUAGCAAGAUUCAGUCAUCUGGGUUCAGUCCUGCGACCUGGCCCGAUGAUGUGGUUCCUGUUGGGCUAGUUCCAUGUCCCGACAAGGCUACUGGAAGGAUCAAAUUGCUGCACGUUCACAUUGUGCGGCUAAAGGACAACAGCGGGAUGGCAAUUUCAGUCAAUUUCAACCAUGGUGUGGCAGAUUCUAACUCCAUUAUGACAUUCGUCAACCGCUGGGCGGAUGAGACACGUGCGCUAGUAACUGGCGUACCCGUGGCGGAAGUGACCUAUUGCUUUGGUGCCGAUAUCAUCAAGAAACACCUGCCGAGCGAGCGCGCACCCCUUAGCGAAGCGUCCAGCAAAGUGCUUUCUGUAAAGUCCCGUGUGGCAGAUUUCAUCAUGUGGCUGUCACCCAACAAGCGCAGAAGGCUGAUGAGCUAUUUGGUCAACUCUGCUUCGCCGCGUGGUCAUCUAUUCCGGAUUUCACGUGCCAAGAUUGACGGGCUUCGCAGUCAAGUACUCGAGCAUCUGCCACACGGGACACGCCUGUCCACUAACGACAUUAUUUCUGCCGUUGCACACAGGGUCCACGAACAAGCUGUGAUAAGGAAGCAUCGAGGAUGGCUGAAAAAACUCACUGAUCGGAAGAAUGGAGCUGCAGGCGAACACUGUACUGUAGUUGUCGUCAACUAUCGCCAUCAUCUUGGAAUGGCAGAGUUGAACUUCAUGGGCAACCCAGCAUUGGCCGAAUAUUUUCUCACCCCAAUGCACCAGGCACAUCUGCCGAUUACUCCCAAGACUAUUGCCAUGGUUGCUAGUCAGAUUCGGUCACGGGUAUCGGCCGUAACUAGCCCGCGUAUCGGACAAACUGUUGACAUUCUUGAAUCUGGGGACACGAGUACCGGUAAUUUCCUUGCCAUUGCCAUGAACUACAAGGUUUUGACUGGUGCUUCUAAUAUUGCUUCUCUCAAGAUGUACAUUGCGGAUUUUGGCAGUGGUGUUCAAGCAUUUUCAACAGUACCUCCUGAGCUCAACAUGGGGUCAUUUAUGAUUCUUCCAUCGCCUCCCCCAAGCAAGGACAUUCUUAUCAAUUACUUUGAUGCGUCUUCGGUUAUGGACAGUGUGAUGAAGAACGAAUUCUGGAGCGAGUUUAGUGAGCUGAUUUACUAA